ACCACAAUUCUCCCUAAAGAAAUUAAAAAAAAAAAAAAAAAACUUCUCUCCCUUUCUCCCUCUCUCUCUCUCUGACUAUUUAGCAAACACUUUGAAUCCCAACCAUGAAUACCCACAUUGAUAACCUCUGUGUGUUUGCCUUGGCCUCCAAAUGCACACAAGAAAACAUUGCAUGGUCAAUUUUUGUCAUGGCUUCACUCUGGCUAACCAUGACUUUCUUUCACUGGUCUCACCCUGGUGGUCCUGCUUGGGGCAAGUACUACUACUACUCCACAUGGAGAAAAACCACCACCAACAACAACAACAACCUUAACCUUCCCUCUUCUAAUGUCUCAAACACCAACAACAUUAAAAAGAACAACACAAUGAUUCCUGGUCCAAAAGGGUACCCUUUUAUUGGAAGCAUGAACCUCAUGACCUCACUAGCACACCACCGUAUAGCAGCGGCGGCGAAAGCAUGCAGAGCCACAAGACUCAUGGCCUUCAGCCUCGGCGAAACACGUGCUAUUGUCACGUGCAACCCCGACGUUGCUAAAGAGAUUCUUAAUAGCUCUGUUUUCGCUGAUCGUCCUAUAAAGGAAUCUGCUUACAGCCUCAUGUUCAACCGCGCCAUCGGUUUCGCCCCUUACGGCGUUUACUGGCGAACCCUGAGGAGAAUCGCCGCCACGCACCUCUUCUGCCCCAAACAAAUCAAGGCCUCGGAGAUUCAACGCUCUGAGAUCGCCACACAAAUUAUCCACGCCUUCACGAACCGCCACAACAACAACCACGGUUCUUUCGCGGUUCGACCGGUGCUGAAGGAAGCGUCGCUAAAUAACAUGAUGUGGUCGGUGUUUGGACAACGGUAUAAGGUAGACGAGGCAAACAGUGGAAUGGAGGAGCUGAGUGGAUUAGUGGAACAAGGGUAUGACUUAUUGGGUACCCUUAAUUGGGGUGAUCACUUACCCUGGCUUAAAGACUUUGAUGCUCAAAAAAUCCGGUUCGCUUGUUCCGAACUUGUCCCCAAGGUGAACCGGUUCGUUGGUUCAAUCAUCGCCGACCACCGAGCCGACAUAACCCAAACCAACAUGGAUUUCGUUCAUGUCUUGCUCUCUCUCCAAGGACCAGAUAAGUUGUCUGAAUCCGACAUGAUUGCUGUCCUCUGGGAAAUGAUAUUUAGAGGGACGGAUACUGUGGCGGUUUUGAUUGAGUGGAUACUAGCAAGGAUUGUGCUUCAUCCUGAGGUUCAAGAGAAGGUGCAAGCGGAGCUUGACCGUGUAAUUGGUGGUGGGUCACGUGACAUCAGGGAGGAGGAUGUGACGGCGAUGGUGUACCUUCCGGCGGUGGUUAAGGAGGUCCUGAGACUGCAUCCUCCGGGCCCACUUCUCUCGUGGGCCCGUUUGGCAAUAACUAAUACAACCAUUGAUGGGUAUCAUGUGCCUGCGGGGACCACUGCCAUGGUUAAUAUGUGGGCCAUAACUCGGGACCCAGAGGUGUGGAGGGACCCACUUGAAUUUAUGCCAGAGAGGUUUUUGGGCAAAGGGGUCGAGUUUUCUGUUUUCGGGUCGGAUCUGAGGCUGGCUCCGUUCGGGUCGGGUAGAAGGACUUGUCCCGGGAAGACUUUGGGUUUGAGUACUGUGACCUUCUGGGUUGCUAGGCUUUUACACGAGUUUGAAUGGCUACCGUCUGAUGAUAAUGAGGUUGAUCUAACGGAGGUGCUGAGGCUCUCUAGUGAAAUGGCUAACCCUCUCACUGUUAAAGUGCGCACUAGGCGUGGGUUAAACUUAUCUAAGUUAAGUUGAAACUUUGUUUUAAUUUAAUGUAAUGAAAAAAAACAAAAACAAAAAACAAAAAAAGAGAGAUGGUUGGUUUCAAAUAUAUGGCACUUGGGAGCCACUAAAUGUUAAGAGAAUCAGUGAAUGAAGGUAGAAUACGGUAGAAGACUGGGUUAGCUCUGUCUCUGUUAUAUGGUCAUUAGGUUUUCUAUCUUUCUUUUCUUAAUUUGUUUUUAAUUUGACAGUCAAGUCUCAAGUGUCAACUUGUCUAAUUAUCAAAGAUUAAGAAAAUCUAUUUCCAUUGUAAAUA